AUGUCUAUUCGCCGGGGAAUUAUCUUGGUAAGCUUCGGUUCCUCGGGAGAGGGAGUUGUACGAGGAGAGCGGCAUAUACAGCUAUACACCGGCGGCCUCUCUCUUGCAUUUGGAUGGGGUGGUGCAUCGUUCCAGGCUGUUAUACCUGGGAACGUCUGGGAAUCUUAUAAUCUGGGAAUCAGCCAAAGCUUCAUCAAUCUCUUCUUAUCUGAUGCGAUACUUGUCUUGAGCAACACCAAGUAUGAUACUGAUGAUGAUACUCACCUGGAUGUAGGACGAAUCACAAUUCAUAACCAUGAUAAAGCCAAGCACUUGUUACUCUACCCAAGCACAGAAAAGGUAACACAAUGCAAGGAGAAUCUCCUGCAGAAACGACAACUUCCUCCCCGUCAUGACUGCAUCCCGGGACAGUUUUACCCGUUUAGGAAAUGCCAUUUGGGAACUCGGAACCGCCUUUCUCGCUGGUUCUCUUUUCCCAUUCCGUCAGGCCGGUCCCGUUCUCUGGACGAGACGGCGGGAAAUUGCAUGCUGGAAUCAAGCCAAUCUAUGCGUUGGAAGAACGGUAGCUGGGUGACGCCUGCGGGAUAG